AUACAAAUGUGAGAAGAAAACCGCCCUCUCCUCUCGUUUUCUCCAAGCUCGCUCUCUAAUUCUAUACUCCGUCUGUCGCUCUUCUUCCAGGGCUUCAGCGCUCUCUGGCAUUCCUCCGCCAUUCCUUCUCUAUUUACCACUGUAGAGAACUUGUGAUACGUAUUUUAGGUGCCAAGUGAUAGUUAUGCCCCUGUUGAAAAGAAAGCCUUUUCCUUUGGCUGACUCGCCCAAAGAUUUGGAGGAUCAUGAACUUGUAUAUCAAGUUCGGUUCACUAAGGAGAUUUUCCGCAAUUACAAUGAAUAUCUAAGUAGGAUAAAUCUAUACCGUCGAAGAGUUUGGAUGUGUAAAUUCACUGGAAAAAGUAAUUUGACAUAUGAGGAGGCUCUGGUGUCUGAAAAAUGUGCUGCAGAGAAGGUUCAACAGUUCCCAAAAGAUCUUAUCGUCCCUGCUCUACAGAUUAUCCAAUACAGCAUGCUGUCACUGAAAGAUCUGGCAGACACAGUUGCUGUGAAGUUACAGGAGUGUCUGUUUGUUGGUACUGAAUUGUAUGGAAGGAAAGAUGAUCAGAUUUAUUCAUGCAAAAUUAUCAAAGUGCUUGAGAAUGGUGCUGACGAAGUACAAUAUGAGGUAGCCUGGCUUGACAAAAAUAAGAAAGAAACAGAAACUGCAUUACUGAAUGUAGAGGAUUUAGUACAGAAAAAGCCUCCUUUGAGCAGAAGGUUUUUGAAGUCUUUCAUUCGGGAAUCUACAUAUCGCAGUGCUCCUUGGGUGCUUCAUGACAAACUGGCACAAAAUCAUGGAAUAUCAACUGAUCUUCCCCAAGAACUAAGAAGCAAUGUUUUUUUUCGUGAUGGGCUUUUAGUUUGUAACAAAAAGAGAAAAGCAAGUGACACGGAAACAAGUAGUCCCGAAAAAUGUAAAAGGAGAAGCAUGGAGAGGGGGAGGGCGAAUGGCUCAAUUGCCGAAAAUGGUGCAAAGAAAGCAGAAGGUGGUUUACUUGAUGAAGACAUCAAAUAUCCAAUUGAUGAUAUUUUAGUGCAGCCUGGUCCAGAUGAUCCAGUUUUCUCAGAACGACCUUCUCCUUCAAGGGAAUUCAAAGUUCCAAUGAACUGCGUCGGAGAUCUUUUGAUGGUUUGGGAUGUUUGCUCAUCAUUCAGUAGGCUUUUGCACUUGUGGCCAUUUUCUCUUGACGAUUUUGAGCGUGCUAUCUAUCACAAGGAAAGUAAUGUACCUCUUCUUGUGGAAGCACAUUCAGCAUUUUUCCGUCUGCUCUUAAAAGAUAAUGGAGAAUAUUCCUCACUUGUUCAAGGAAAAAAGCGGAAGAUGAAGAUCACAUUAAUUAACUGGACAGAGUACCUCUGUGACUUCCUAGAAAUGAUCGGGAAUCCUAAAUUAUGUGCCAACACAGCAACUAUUAAACGAGGGCACUAUGGCCUUUUGGCUACCCAUGUCAAACUGGGAAUCUUAUGCGAGUUGGUUAAUCAUUCUCUGGAAUCAAAUAUAUUCAGGGAGAAGUUAGAUGUGAUUAUUGAACAGAGGCAGGCACUUGGAGCUACCAGGAGAGGGGAAGCCUUGGAAGAAGGCCGAAAGAAAAGAGAAGAGAAAGAACGCUUGAAAUCUGAGCCUAUAUCCAAUGGACAUUUAAAUGGGCAUCUUAAGGACAGAGAAAAGAGCGAAAUAACCAAGACUGAUCAUGGUAGACAGAAUAAAGAUUCAUCAAAAAAUAGGAAUGGGGUGGUUAUAUCAUCUCAAAAUGGUCUUUCCCCUGUAAAAAGUGAGGAUGAUCAUCCUAUUGCUUAUUUGAAGAAAAUGGCCAAGAAACGGAAUAGUGAUAUAACAGCUACGUCUGCAAAUUCACCAAAGGAAGCAAAGGAUGAUAGGAUGGAAUUUAAUGAUAAGAAUACCAAAGAACAGAGGAGGGUAUAUUAUGAGCGGGAGUUGGAGAAACGAUCAAUAAAAACCAAUCCCUUGGGUAAAGACAGAAACCAUAACAGGUAUUGGUGGUUCCGUCGUGAUGGAAGAAUUUUUGUAGAGAGCUCAGACUCCAAGGAGUGGGGAUAUUACAGUAGCGUGGAAGAGCUCGAUACAUUUAUGGGCUCACUGAAUUGCAAGGGGGAGAGAGAGAGAGCGCUCAGCAAGCACCUCGAAAAAUCUUAUAGUAGAAUUUGCCUUGAACUCAACAAGAGAUCGAAGGAUUUAACUAACCAAAUUGCAGUGGAGGAGGCCGUGCUGCGACGAUCCACUCGUGUUCGUGCUCCUCCCAGGGAAAAUCCUGCUACUGCCUAUCUCAGAUAUGUUAACAGGUGGAAGGAAGAUUAAAUCCAAGGGCUUGAUAAAGCCGCAUCUAGUUUCUGAGUACAGAGAGCAUAUGUUAGGUGGGAAAUGGAGAAGUUUGUUUUUGAUUUCCUCAACUUGGCAUUGGUUGGUGGAGAUGUCUUAUAGCAUAGUAACUGGGGGGGAGAGGGAAGGGAUGGAGCAAUUUUUUUCUUCAGCUCAUUCCAUUUAAAAGCUUAACCACAAUGGUUAAUUUUUUGGUCUUCUGUUCUUUUGUAAAAGAUGACUCUAGGCAUUCUUUAUUUGUAGCAUAAAACAGCUAACAAAUUACCAUAACAUGCAAACAUAUUCCGUCU